AUGAGAAUUCUGUACUCCAUACAAUUCAUAUGUAAAUAUUGCUCUUACGGAACUGUGUUGACGUCAGUUGAGAGGCAUAUGAAGAACAGAGAUGAAUAUAAUUAUUACCGAAGACAAAGAAUUACAACUGUUACCGUUAUAAAUUAUGGCAUCCCUUAUGAUAUGAGCUAUGAUGUAUAG